CAGGUGGAAGGAUAAUGGGGAAAAAUAAUUCCAAAUGGCGAAAAUAGUUUUGGCCACCAGAAGCAAUCGAAACAUAUAAAAAGCAUUGCGGUCCAACCGAAAGACAUCAUUCGCUUGAGAUCAUCUUACCGGCCAAGUUCAGUUCGAAAAUCACUGGAGCGUGAUUCGUUCAACGGAAGCAUCCAACAUGAAGGCGUUCGUAGUGUUGUCUAUGGCUUUGGCCAUUGCCUCGUGUGCGGCAGUCGAUGAAUCUUCCAAGAAGGAGAAACGGGGCCUCUGGGAUGAGGGAUCCGAGCACGAGAGUUUCGACUUGGAUAACCACCACGACCAUCAUGAGAUCAAACACGUAUCGACCACCAUCACCAAAAAUGUGCCCGUUCCAUACCCGGUUGAGGUUGAGAAGCACGUUCCGGUUCCGGUGAAGGUCCCAUAUCCAGUCACAGUCGAAAAGAAGGUUCCAGUGUACGUGGAAAAGAAGGUGCCCAUCUACGUCGAGAAGAAGGUACCGGUCCAUAUCGAUCGCCCAGUUCCUUAUCCAGUUGAAGUCAAGGUCCCAGUCGUCCACAAGGAAUACGUCGAAGUGCCGAAACCGUACGCAGUUCAUGUUGAGAAGCCCGUUCCAGUGUACGUCAAGAAGCCGGUGUACAUCGAGAAGCACGUGCCAGUGACCGUGCACAUUAAGGAACACAAGAAGCACUGGGGACUGUUCGCAUUCGUAGUAUUGUCCAUGGCUCUGGCCAUCGCAUCCUGUGCGGCAGUCGACGAUUCCACCAGCAAAAAGGAAAAACGAGGCCUCUGGGAUCUGAGUCACGAUCACGAUAACAUCGGAUACGAUCAUCAUUACGAUAAUCAUUACGAUAAUCACUACGAUCACUACGACCACAAAACCGUAACCAAGACUAUCACCAAGAACGUUCACGUCCCGUAUCCGGUUGAGGUUGAGAAGCACGUCCCGGUUCCGGUGAAGGUCCCAUACCCAGUUCCAGUUGAGAAGAAGGUUCCAGUGGUCGUGGAAAAGAAGGUUCCAAUCUACGUAGAGAAGAAAGUUCCCGUUCACGUUGAUCGUCCAGUUCCAUAUCCAGUUGAAGUAAAGGUUCCAGUUGUCCAGAAGGAAUACGUCGAAGUGCCAAAACCGUACGCAGUUCAUGUUGAGAAACCCGUUCCGGUGUACGUCAGCAAGCCGGUGUACGUCGAGAAGCAAGUUCCAGUGACCGUUCACAUCAAGGAGCACAAGAAGCAUUGGGGUCUGUUUUAAGGUGUACAAAAUGUGCUUGUUUUACUGAAUAAA